AUGGGGAUCAAUACGGACCGACUGGGUCCGGCCCCGACGCCACUCAAGGGCUUCACAGCCAACAUCAUCCAGCCAAUGGGGGCUAUCACAUUGUCCCUCCUUGCCGGGAAGGCCCCUAGGACUUCAGCCACGAUGGCCGACUUCCUAGUGGUGAAGGCUCCCUUCUUGUACAAUGCAAUACUGGGUCGCCUGACCCUGAACAACCUAACAGCAGUAACCUCCACCUACCACCUCAAAAUGAAGUUCCCCACAGACUUGUGGGUCUGCGGCGGGCAAGUGCUAGCCCAAGAUUGCUACGCCCGGGAGUUAAGGUACGAAGUUCAAGAAGUCAAGACAAUCAGGGAAGCGAGGGAGGCAGCCAGAGCGCACCCAACCUUAGGCAAAUGGGAUGAGGAAGUCCGAGACGAGCAAUCAUUACGGCAGGCAAAGCCCAAUGAGCCCCUGGAGUUAGUCUCCGUAGACCCACAAAGGCCUGAGCGCACCGUGUGGGUGGAAACUAAAAUGGCCCCGAAAUUAAGGCAGGUCGUGAAACGGCUCCUCUUUGAGCACCAAGACGUGUUCACCUAG